GCAAAAGCGAUGACUACCACAGACAAUCAUAAUUUAUUACGAAGCCUCAUCAACGCCGCCGAGAAAGCAGCCAACAUAGCCCGCAUUUGCCGUUCGAAUCAACAAUUGUUGUCGCUCUUGGUACGGGAGAAAACGGGCGAUGAAGCCAAUGCCAGAUUUGAACAUGAUUUUAAGACAUUGGCUGAUGUGCUCAUACAGGAGGCCAUCAAAUACGAUGUUGGCAAUGAGUUUCCAGAAAUGAAGGAUAACAUACGGGGUGAGGAGUCCCCCAAUUUUACCAAUGCCAAUGGAGAAAAUAUUGCAAUUGUUGUGGGCCCUACUGCCACAGAGACCGAGGCAUGUCUGCUUGCCAUACUACAAGAGGAACACCAAGAAGCGGCAAAAAUAUUAGCCGAAGAAGUUCAUCGUCAGGUGACAUUUGAUAAGGAACUGAAUGAAGAAAUUCCCGAGCUACCAAAUGAUGUGGACUAUUCACAGCUCGGAGUGUGGAUAGAUCCAAUAGAUGCUACGGCAGAAUAUAUAUCCGGCGACACCAUGUUUACAAAUUUCCCUGGCAUAACCUCAACGGGACUGGAUUGUGUUACUGUACUAAUUGGGGUGUAUGACACCACCACAGGAGUUCCCGUUAUUGGUGUAAUCUGUCAACCUUUCCGCAACAAACUGCAAGAAAAUGUCUACACCUCGGCAAUGUUUUGGGGUAUAGCUCUACCAAAUUUGCAGGUCCAUUGCAAUGCAUUAACAAAUUCCUCUUCCGAUCGAGGACGCCUUUUGGGUAUAUUUUCCAGUUCGGAACGUGCUGAACUUCUUCAACAAAUGUUAGAAUUAGGUUAUGAAUUUGCCUUCUCAGCGGGAGCUGGCCAUAAGGCCCUUAAAGUUAUUACCAAUGAAGUGGAUGCGUAUGUUUUGAGUAAGGGGUCGACCUUUAAAUGGGACACCUGUGCACCUCAGGCUAUUUUACGUUCUCUCAACGGUGAUAUUAUUGAAUUUCAAACUAGCAUUCGAGAGGGUAAACCAAUACCAUUGAAAUAUAUCCCGAAUGAAAAGGAGUCAGAGAAUGCCGAAGAGGAGACCACGGUCGAUUGGAAGUGUAAUCGCCAUGGUUUAAUUGCGGUACGCGAUAUUAAAUUAUUCGAUGAUCUAUUGCAGAAGUUGGCGAAUAGUUAA